AACAACAGCGAUGACGCGCCUAGUCACUACGGCUGCGCGUAGGGGAGACAGCUGAUAACUCAUCUAUUAUGCUACUCGGCUAAAUCCAAAUCAUCCCGGAACGUGAGCCGAGGCCGCCGUUGGACUCGCCGGAGGACCGAAGCCCAAAGUCGUACGAUGGGAGUUUGUCUCCUGGAGGGAAAGGUCCAGCUGAAGGCGCAACGCGAUUGAGCCAAAGGCACCUGCUCGCCCGCUGUCCCGUCCACCCCUUCGGGACCACCUUCUGCCGUUUCCCCACCCCUCCUGCGGUCAGACGCUGCAUCCCCACGCCGCGCCAGCGCGCCGCCGUCCACCAUGUCGGACGCCCCCGAGGCCGCCCCUGCGAGCCCCCCGGCCCUCAGCAACCCGCCGCCACCGGAGGUCACCAACCCCACCAAGCCCGGCAGGAAGACAAACCAGCUGCAGUACAUGCAGAACGUGGUGGUGAAGACGCUGUGGAAGCAUCAGUUUGCGUGGCCUUUCUACCAGCCCGUGGACGCCAUCAAGCUGUGCCUGGCGGACUACCACAAGGUGAUCAAGAACCCGAUGGACAUGGGCACCAUCAAGAAGCGUCUGGAGAACAACUACUACUGGAGCGCCAGUGAGGCCAUGCAGGACUUCAACACCAUGUUCACCAACUGCUACAUCUACAACAAACCAACAGACGACAUCGUGCUAAUGGCGCAGGCGCUGGAGAAGAUAUUUCUGCAGAAGGUGGCUCAGAUGCCUCAGGAGGAAGUGGCGCUGCUGCCGCCCGCCCCCAAAGGCAAGAACAAGAGCAAGCAGGUUCCUGGUGCCGCCGCCCUAGUGAGUCAGCAGGCGGAGUCGUCGGCGUCGCCGCCGUCCUCCUACCCCUCGCCCUCCCAGACGGCCGUCAUUUCCGCCACGCCCACAAACGUCCAGCCGCCGCCGCCCGUGCCGCCGCCCGCCGCCAUGAUGCCGUCCGCUCAGCCCGUUGUCAAGAAGAAGGGCGUGAAGAGGAAAGCGGACACCACCACGCCCACCACGUCAGCCAUCUCAGCCAGCCGCGCCGACUCGCCCACCGCGCAGGACGCCAAACCCGCCAAGCUGGUCUCGGCCCGCCGGGAGGCUGCCGCCCGCCCCGCCAAAGCGCGCCGGGAGGCGGGCGAGGAGCCGGAGACGGGCGACGCGGGCGGGGCGCCCGCCGGUGGCCGCAAGGGAGGCAAGCCUGGAGAGCAGAUGAAACACUGCGACGCCAUCUUGAAGGAGAUGCUGUCCAAAAAGCAUGCCGCCUACGCCUGGCCCUUCUACAAGCCCGUCGACGCCGAGGCCCUGGAGCUGCACGACUACCACGACAUCAUCAAGCACCCCAUGGACCUCAGCACCGUCAGGAAAAAGAUGGACAAAGGCGAGUACGGCGACCCUCAGAGCUUCGCCACCGACGUCAGGUUAAUGUUCUCCAACUGCUACAAGUACAACCCCCCCGACCACGAAGUGGUGGCCAUGGCGCGCAAGCUGCAGGACGUGUUCGAGAUGCGCUUCGCCAAGAUCCCGGACGAAGGCGUGGAGGCGUCGGCGCCGUCCACGACGCCAUUGGUUAGUAAAAGCACGGCCUCGUCCGACAGCAGCAACAACUCCUCCUCAGACGAGUCGUCCGACUCGGAGGAGGAGCGCGCCACGCGCUUGGCUGAGCUACAGGAGCAGGUUGGUGCUGCCGGCCAAUCCCAGGUCCAGAACAUUCUACUCGUCUCCCCUCCGGCUAGCGCUAACGGGUUUAACCGGACGCUAACGAGCUUUUCCCUCCAGCUGAAGGCUGUGCACGAGCAGCUGGCCGUCCUGUCGCAGGCGCCCGUCAGCAAGCCCAAGAAGAAGAAGGAGAAGAAGGACAAGGACAAGAAGAAAGACAAGGCUGACAAAAGCGCCGCCAAGGCCAAGCCUGACGACGACAAGAAGCCCAAGGCCCAAGCUCAGCAGCCCAACAAGGCCAAUCAGAAGAAGGCGCCAGCGCGUAAAGCCAACAGCACCGUCACUGCCGCCAGACAAGCCAAGAAGGGCGCCAAGGCGGCCGGGGGUGGCUCGGCCAACGGCGACGACGGCGGCGGCGCCGAGGAGUCGUCUUCUCUGCCCAUGUCGUAUGACGAGAAACGCCAGCUGAGUCUGGACAUCAACCGGCUGCCCGGAGAGAAGCUGGGCCGCGUGGUGCACAUCAUCCAAUCCAGGGAACCUUCCCUGAGGGACUCCAACCCCGACGAGAUCGAGAUCGACUUUGAGACCCUCAAGCCGUCCACGCUCCGAGAACUGGAGCGCUACGUCAAGUCUUGCCUGCAGAAGAAGCAGAGGAAGCUCUUGCAGAAGCAAGCUGGAGGCGGAGCAUCGGGGGGCGGGGCCAGUCGUUUGAGUGGCAGCUCAUCUUCCUCGUCUGAUGACAGCUCCUCGACGGGAACGUCCUCUUCGUCAGACACAGACUGAACUCUCCGGACUUGUUCCCCCCCCCCCACACACACACACACACACGCACACACACACACACACACACACAAAUAUAUAAAUAUAGACACUCAAGUACACACACAGAUGUAUGUACAUAAGCUGAGCUGUUUUUUAGCAUCUAUCUAGUCUUUGUUUUUGAAUUUUGUUCUUUGUGGAGGAAAAGAAAGCCGACACGUUUGCCGUCAGAAGAAUGGCCUGGGGGGCGGGGGGCACGCCACGUUGGGGGAGGCAUGGCAGCGAGUUUCCGUGACAGACACUUUUGAGUGAAUGAAAAGCCUUUGUGACGUCGCCACCUGCCCCUGCCCCCCCCCCCCCCCCCCCCCCACUAACACUACCGCCAAACAUCGCUGCGAGGGGGGAACAAGUUUUUAAUCUUUCAAAUUUUACGUUCUUAAUCAUCAUCAAUGUCCUCAUCCCAUCGGUCAGGUCACGCCAGCCGGCCACGUGCGACGGGCGGGUGGGCAGGGGCGGGUUUGUUUUUAGUUGCUCUAGUUAAUUUUGUAUUUUACUAAGAAAAAGGAAAAGAGUGAUUUGAUGUGUUUGCAUGCACUCCGUCGGGCCGUACGUCAGCACUGUAUAGUAGCUUCCUGUAUAGUCACUUCUCGUCAAGUAGCUUCCCGUGUAGUCGCCGUGCUACAUGCGUGUGCUACGCGCCAACACGCGAGAAGCUAGAAGAAAAAGAAAAAAAAAUCAUUUGGUGUAAUUACUGAUAUGGGAUCCUUAUUUUCUGACUUCCUUUCUUUUCAUAAAUAAACACGUAACGUGA